AUGCCUGAGUACUACAUUCUCUUCCUAUUCUUUCUCAUUUUCUUCUCCUCCUCUUCUCAUGCUUCUGUCCAAGACUUUUGUGUGGCAGACUUGAAAGGCCCAGAUGGUCCUGCAGGCUACCCUUGCAAGAGCCCUGCUAAUGUCACUGUCAGUGACUUUGUGUUCUCUGGCCUGGCCAAAGGUGGAAACACCACCAACAUAAUCCAAGCUGCUGUGACCCCUGCAUUUGUGGCUCAGUUUCCUGGUGUCAAUGGGCUUGGCCUCUCUAUGGCAAGGCUAGACUUAGCGCCAGGUGGCGUCAUCCCAUUCCACACUCACCCUGGUGCUUCAGAAAUUCUGGUUGUGACAAGAGGCCACAUCACAGCAGGCUUUGUUUCCUCAGCCAGCACUGUGUACUUGGAGACUCUUAAGAAGGGAGAUGUCAUGGUUUUCCCUCAAGGGUUGCUGCAUUUUCAAGUGAAUGCUGCUAAAAUACACUCCAGUGCUUUUGUUAGCUUCAGCAGUGCAAGCCCUGGUCUCCAAAUCCUUGACUUUGCCCUCUUUGCUAACAACUUGCCUUCUGCAUUGGUGGGGCAGACCACUUUCCUUGACCUUGCUCAGAUCAAGAAGCUUAAGGGUGUUCUUGGUGGCACUGGCUAA